UUGUUGACAGUCGUACACAAAAAGCUAUGGAUGAUUAUCAGGCAUUGCUUGUACAAUUUCUGACUGCUAAUCCUAAGUAUACUCCAAGACCGGGAGAGCCGCUUCAUCCAGAUGUAGAUUUUUAUCUUUGGAGUAAAGUCAUUGGCGGCAAGGGGCCUAACGGGUGUUUUUUUGGUGGUGGAAAUUUGGCAGGCACCUUGAGAUCUGAUGAUAGAACUCUAUAUCAAAGAGUUCUCGACGGGGAAGGAGGUUCACGUCCUGUAACUUUAACAGAUGAACAGAGAGACACUGUAAGACAAUUGGCGAUAAAUGAGGUGAGGCGUGAGGCGGCGGAACGUGAAGCGGCACUGAAAGCCCAAAUGGAGGCCCAAAUGGAGGCCCAAAUGAGGGCAAUGCGGAGUGAGCAUCAGCGGAAAAUGGAGGUCAUGGCGAAAAGACAAUCGGAUAUGGAGGCACAAAUGCGACAAUUUAUGCAAUCCUUUGGUGGAAACCAAAAUAUGGGGAGUUCUGCGCCGACUGAUCAGGAAAAUCUAAAUGAGGAUGAGUUUCCCGACCCGGAUUGAUUGUUGAUUUAGUUUAGUUUUUAUUUUGUUGUUAUAACUU